CGGGCCUAGGGUCCACCCUGGGUGGGUGAAGCUGGCCGGCAGGCAGAGAUGCGAGUGGGCUGAGGGACAGCCUGAGACGGAGACAUCCCCAAGGGUGGGCCGGAGGGUGCUCUCAGGGCGCCUUUGCCCGGUCGGAGGCCUCUGGAAGGGACUGCACGACAGCUCCAAGAGUGACCUGGCCGGAGGGAACCAAGACAAAGAGGCCGGAACACCGCACCCGCCGCUCCUUGAGCUAAGCUCAGCGCCCGCGAACGCCCCGGCGCUCGGAUCUCCUGGCCAGCAGCACCCGAGAUCGUCCUUAGGGGACCCAUUGCUACUGUCCCUUCGGACUCUCUCUCUCCUUCAACUCAGUGCAACUCUCCCCAAGCUCACCCAGCCCUCGCGUCAGGAGCCGAAACCAGCUUCUCCCAAUGCGCGAGGUUUCCUGAGGAAACUCUUCUUUCAGAGAGAUACUCAUCUGCAGGUGAUUCUCCAAGGACAUGGGAAGAUAGGUGUAAGCCCUGGAGCCCAGACCCUUAAGUGGAGGGAAGCUGCUUUCUGCUGUGAAUGAUGGCCAAACCCACUCUGAGAGGGAAUGGUGCUAACUCUGAGACCUUCCGACAACGCUUCAGGAAGUUUCAUUACCAGGAGGUAGCUGGGCCCCGUGAGGCUUUCAGCCAACUCUGGGAACUUUGCUGUCGGUGGCUAAGGCCGGAGGUGCGCACCAAGGAGCAGAUUGUAGAAUUGCUGGUGCUAGAGCAGUUCUUGACGGUCUUACCCCGGGAGAUCCGGAAAUGGGUACAGGAGCAAUGUCCAGAAAGUGGAGAGGAGGCUGUGGCUCUGGUGGAAGAUUUAGAAAGAGAGCCUGGAAGACCUGGACGUUCGGUCACAGUCUCUGUGAAGGGGCAGGAAGUGCGCUUGGAGAAGAUGACACCCCUGAAAUCAUCACGAGAGUUAUUAAGUGUUCGGCAGGAGUCAGUGGAACACCAGCCCAGGGGUGUACCCAAGAAAGAGAGGGCAAGAAGCCCAGACCUGGGACCACAGGAGCAGAUGAACCCAAAGGAGAAGCUCAGACCUUUUCAAAGGAGCGGAUUUCCAUUCCCUAAAUCUGGUGUGGUCUCCAAGUUGGAGCAAGGAGAGCCUUGGAUCCCAGAUCUGGGCUCCAAGGAAAAGGAAUUCCCAAGAGGCAGUCACACAGGAGACAGACAAAUGCAUGCUGGUCUGUUACCAUCCAGGAGAGAGAAAAGAAGCUGGGUGGAACAGGAUCACUGGGGCUUUGAGGAUGAGAAGGUGGUGGGUGUGCACUGGGGCUAUGAAGAGACCAGAACUCUCCUCGCAAUUCUUAGUCAGACUGAAUUUUAUGAGGCUCUCCGGAACUGUCAUCGGAAUAGCCAAGUAUAUGGGGCUGUGGCUGAGCGGCUCCGGGAGUAUGGCUUCCUCCGGACCUUGGAACAGUGUCGGACCAAGUUCAAAGGUCUCCAGAAGAGCUAUCGGAAAGUCAAAAGUGGCCACCCACCUGAGACCUGCCCCUUCUUUGAAGAGAUGGAAGCCCUAAUGAGUGCUCAGGUCAUUGCCUUGCCCAGUAAUGGCCUGGAAGAGGUAGCUUCUCAUUCUGGAUUGGUGGGCAGUGAUGCUGAAACUGAGGAGCCAGGGCACGAGAGCUGGCAGCAUGAGGGAGCAGGAGAGGACAUAGCUGAAGAGUCUGACAGUGAUGAAACGGGCCAGGAAGCUACCCCCCAGGACCCCAACAACUCGACUGCACCUGUCCUAUUCCGAAGCCCAAGUGGUGUACACUGGGGCUAUGAAGAGACAAAGACUUAUCUUGCAAUUCUCAGUGAGACUCAGUUUUACGAAGCCCUCCGGAACUGUCACCGUAACAGCCAGCUGUAUGGAGCAGUGGCUGAGCGGUUAUGGGAAUAUGGCUUCCUUAGGACACCAGAGCAGUGUCGGACAAAGUUUAAAAGCCUACAAACCAGCUAUCGGAAAGUUAAGAAUGGCCAAGCACCAGAGACCUGUCCCUUCUUUGAAGAGAUGGAUGCUUUAGUGAGUGCCCGGGUUGCUACUCCACCCAGUGAUGGUCAGGAAGAGGACACAGCCUCUUGCCCCAUCCAGGAGACCAGUGAGGCCGAAGCUGAGAAGCAAGCUGAGGAGGCAGAAGAAGCCACAGAAGAUGAUGAUUCUGAGGAUGAUGAAGAGGAUACUGAGCUACCCCCAGGGGCUGUCAUGACCCGUGCUCCAGUCUUAUUCCAGAGCCCCAGUGGUUUUGAGGCUGGAUUUGAGAAUGAAGACAAUCUAAAACGGGAUAUUUCUGAGGAAGUACAACUACAUAGGACAUUACUUGCAAGGUCUGAAAGGAAAAUUCCCCGGUAUCUUAAUCAGGGUAAAGGCAGUGAGAGUGACUGUAGAUCAGGAAGACAGUGGGAAAGGACCCCAGGGGAGAGAAGAGGAAAAUCAACACUCCCAGAGAGGAGUUUAGGUAAAGUUCUCAGUCAUCAGAGACCUUACUUGGGAGAGAGACCCUAUAAAUAUCUCAGAUAUAGCAAAAGCUUUGGUCCAAACUCCCAACUCAUGCAUCAGAUAUCUCAUCAAGUGGAAAAUCCAUAUAAAUGUGCUGAUUGUGGGAAGAGCUUCAGUCGAAGUGCACGUCUCAUUAGACACCGGAGAAUCCACACCGGAGAGAAACCUUAUAAGUGUCUCGACUGUGGGAAAAGUUUCCGUGACAGUUCAAAUUUCAUCACCCAUAGAAGAAUCCACACAGGAGAGAAACCAUAUCAAUGCAGUGAGUGUGGAAAGCGUUUUAAUCAAAGCUCAAGCCUUAUAAUUCACCAGAGAACGCACACAGGAGAAAAGCCCUAUCAAUGUGAAGAGUGUGGAAAAAGCUUCAAUAACAGUUCUCAUUUUAGUGCACAUCGGAGGAUACACACAGGAGAAAGGCCCCAUGUGUGUCCUGACUGUGGAAAGAGUUUUAGUAAGAGUUCUGACUUACGUGCACAUCAUAGAACCCACACAGGAGAGAAACCAUAUGGGUGUCAUGAUUGUGGCAAGUGCUUCAGUAAAAGCUCUGCUCUGAAUAAGCACAGAGAAAUCCAUACACGAGAAAAACUUCUACAGUCAGCGCCUAAGUAAACCCCUGAGGAUUUAUAAAGAAAAGAGCCUCAAUAAAUGUAUUGAAAUUGUUUGAAAAAGUCUUCCAAUAGUGAGACCCAUCUCCUAUUCUGUGCUCACUAGCUUAAGAAAUAGUCUAGGAUUUACCCCACAGUUUGUUCCUGUUUCUCCUGGAUCUAGAGUCAAAGUCCUAAGACAGUCAUCUUAAGAAUGAAAGGAAGAUUUCAAUCCCUCUCCAUGCCUGCAUUUGAAUUGACAGAUAAUACGGUUCCUUCUCAGUCUCUAUGUUGUUCCCUUAAUAGAACAUAGCAGUAUAUCCUAUGAGUUUGACAUGCACCUUAUUUAAUCAUCCUGUUAUUCAGCUGCAUUUUGACUGGAAAAAUCUAUCACAGAAGCAUUUCAGGGAGAAGUUUUGAGACUUUUCACUGAGUGGGUCUAGCUCGUUAUACAAUAGUGAAAAUGCAAAAAAAGAUUUACUCUUCCUGCUCAC